AUGAUCCUCGCGAAACGGAGAGAAUGUUGGACCUACGACAACGGCCGCACCUAUCACUGCAGUGUCUGGAGCGACUGGGGCCGCUGGGUCUUUCUCGCAAUCCUCAUCGCCGGUGCUUUCCUCCUCUUCUUCCUCUUCGCAUGCAUCUCCGCCCGUCGCCGUCGCCGUAGAGGCAUGCGGCCCUUCAUGGGCACCGGCUGGGUCGCCAACAUGGCACCCUACGGCAAGCCAGGAACCCACCCCCCGCCUCCACAGUACCAGCACUACCCGCCUCCCCCGCAGUACACGCCCGCCGGAGGGCCCUACUACCCCGGGCCGGGCUACAAUGCCAACCCCCCGCCGAACCAGGGCCAGACCAGCCACCAGCAGACGGGCGUCGAGCUGCAGCCGCCGCAGAAUGCGUAUCGAGGCGAGAGCGUGUAUGGGCCUCCGCCGGAUGCUCCAGGGCAGCAGAAGACCGUUUGA